GGUCAAUUAACCGGUCCAAUAAUCAUCUUGGCCGUCGAAAAGAUGCUGUACUUUUCCUUCUUUCUCUCCUCUCUCCUUCUCUCUUCCUCCAUUAUACAAACAGAUGGAAACGCCAACAAGACCCCUCUCCGCCUACAGAUACUAGUACCAGCGGAGAAGAACCCCACGUAUUGGGACGGAGGUGUCAUUCCGGCUAUGUUAAUGGCCUUGGACGAUGUGAAUAACGCCUCGCAUAUACUGAGUAACUACACGCUCACAGCUAAUAUAUCUGAUACAAAGUGUGAUCCUUCCGAAGGAACUUGGCAGCUGAUAAAGUCCAUACUUGACACCGACGUCCCUCAUGAAACUAAGAUAAUCGCUUUUAUCGGGGGCUCUUGUUCAAUAGUAUCAGAACCAACAGCUGCUCUUACCGGCCGCCUUUACAAAAUACCUCAAGUGAACAAUUUGUUAUUAUUUCACUCUUCCCUAUUUUCAAAUAUGACUGGCAUCUUGUCUAUUAAACAUUGAAUGCACACAUUU